CCCGCUCUCGUCGGCUCCCCACCGCCCUCGGCGCCGAACACGCCUGCUUCGCCACCCCAUCCAUCCACCACCGGAUCCCCCGCGAUCGAGCGCAUCCUCUCCUCUCCCCUCCCACCGCAACCCGGUCCUCUCUUCCCCCAUCCUCCCCUUCCGCCCCGUAGGCGCGUCCCCCCUCGUCGAUCGCCCUUCUGCCCCUGCCGUGGCGUGAGUGCUGGAGAUCCAUCCGGAAUUCGAUUGGCCUCUUCGUUUCUUGGUAUAAGGAAACGGCACGGAGGUUUCGCCACCAUUCAAAAUCGUCAAGAUUGCGGAAAUGGGAGGUGUAAUCGGUGGUGACUCGCCAAGGAACAGUUCACCGGCAACAAAGUUAGAGAGGAAGAUGGUUGAGGCCAUGCAGCAGAGGGCACUGAAAGGAACUUCUGUGAAAUCUUUCAACAGUGUCAUCAUGAAAUUUCCUAAAAUUGACGAGAGCUUGAGAAACUGCAGGACCAUCUUUCAGCAAUUUGAUGAAGAUUCCAAUGGUGAAAUAGAUCAACAGGAACUCAAGCACUGUUUCCAGAAAUUGGGUAUCGAAUCUACUGAUGAUGAAAUAAAAGAUCUGUUUGAGGCAUGCGACAUUUAUGAACACAUGGGCAUGAAAUUCAAUGAGUUCAUUGUCUUCCUGUGCCUUGUUUAUCUUCUCAAUGAUCCUGCGGUGUCUGAAGCAAGAAAAAGAAUGGGAUUAGGCAGUCUUGAGCCAACAUUUGAGACACUGGUUGAGUCAUUUGUCUUCUUGGACAAGAACAAAGAUGGGUAUGUCAGUAAGAACGAGAUGAUACAAGCAAUAAAUGAAACUACUGCAGGAGAGCGCUCUUCUGGGCGCAUAGGCGUGAAAAGAUUUGAGGAAAUGGAUUGGGACAAGAAUGGCACAGUGACCUUCAAGGAGUUCCUCUUCGCUUUUACUCGGUGGGUGGGGAUUGACAAUGAGGACGAUGACGAGGAGGACAAUGAAUGAGCGUGCCAACUGAAGAUUAGGCGUUCUGAUUUGGCCAUGUCAGCCCUUAGGAGGCCUCCAGCAGCUUCCUCCGCUAGUACUAUAGCUGUUCAUGUUCCAUGGUGUCUAGCUGAUCGUAGAUGCUUAUGUUCGCAUUAAUAGAAUGAACCCCCCGAGUUGUUUCUAGUUAUGGUAAGAUUUUGCUGAUAAAAGAGUUACAUUGUUGA